UAACAGCUUAUGUGGAAUGCUGGGAUACGACUGUAAAAUAGAAAAACCAAAUUGGUUUACUCGUCACGUACACUUGUGUUACGAAUGGUAUCCAGAUGGUGAUGGCGGCCAGUGUGGCGGUGGGGCAAGCAGACAUCUUUGCGCCGAUGUGAAUCAAUAUACCGCUUACUAUAGAGAUGACACCGAUGGGCGUGGUGGGGGAUGUCAGAUGAGGUGGGGCAUUGCUGCUUCAGUGUAUGAUUACUGGUUCAGUCAGGUACAAAUAUGUUAUCAAUGGUACGCUGAUGGUGAUGGAGGUCAAUGUGGAGGGGGCGCUGCUCGCUUACUCUGUGCACCUCUCAACAGUUACACUGGUUACUAUAGAGAUGAUACUGACGGGAGAGGCGGUGGUUGUCGAAUGUCAUGGCAACUGAAAGUACCCGUAAACUCCCCCGACUGGAUGUUUGACACACAGCUUUGUUAUCGUUGGUAUCCUGACGGUGAUGGUGGUCAGUGUGGAGGUGGUGUUGAUCGCACGUUGUGCGCUUACGCAAACAGAUGGACCACGUACUACCGUGAUGACACCGAUGGUCGUAGUGGAGGCUGUCGUAUGCAAUGGGGACUCUUUCACACACAGUAAUACCCAUGUUCACGAUCCUGAUCCUGAUAUUCUGGAGUCCCAUGUUUGCAUGCCAUGUACUAAACAAGCUGAAAAGAGGGUGCUAUCAAAGCAGGCGAUCUAGAUGAAAAUCAUUGAGCAGUUAUGACUCGAUACACUGUUGUAGAUAUCUCUAGAUAUUACUAGUAUAUAA